AAAAUAAAUCAAGCGGUGCAUAGAAGCUUGUAUGUAUUAAGCUUCUUUUGGCAUUUCAGUUCUAAGAAAUCAAGCAAAAAUAAGAGAUAUGGCAACAAGGAAUUUUAGGAAAGAGAUAUGCAGGCAUUGUGGGUUGAAGUUGCUGGUGCCUUUUGAGGAACGAACCAUACACUGUCCUUCGUGUGGUGGUAUUACAAUACUGCAAAGUCGCUUCAAUGGUAAUGUCCACUAUCUACCGAUUAACACGCAGGUUACAGGCUCAAAUCAGGUGUCCCCUUCUCUUGCACAUGGAAAGAAAAGAGCUGUUCUGUGCGGCAUUACCUACAAGGGACAUCAAAAGAGUCUCAAAGGUAGCGUUAAUGAUGUGUUAAUCAUGAGAGAACUUCUGAUUAAGAGGUUGGGUUUUCCCAGUUCUUCCGUUCUGCUGCUCACAGAAGAAGAGAGAGACCCAUACAGGAUUCCAACUAAGCACAAUAUCCGAGCAUCCCUCCGUUGGCUUAUUAAAGGUUGCAGGUCAGGAGACUCCUUGGUGUUUUACUACUCGGGCCAUGGCUCUCGAGUAAGAGAUCGUGAUGGUGAUGAAAUUGAUGGAUAUGAUGAAUCAUUAUUGCCCGUUGACUAUGAGACUGAGGGAAGGAUACUGGAUGAUGAGAUCAAUGCCACCAUUGUGAGGCCGCUACCCCAUGGAGCUACACUUCAUGCCAUCAUUGACACCUGCUUCAGUGGAACCUUCUUAGAUCUUCCACAUGUGUGCAGUAUAAACAGGGAAGGAUACUAUAAGUGGGACGACCAUCGCGUAUCCCACGCAUAUAAAGGUUCCAGUGGGGGAUUUGCAAUAUGUAUUAGCGCCUGUAAAGAUCAUCAAAAUUCUGCAGAUACUACGGCUUUCUCUGGUACAGCAACUGGUGCCCUAACUUACAGCUUUGUCAAAACCUUGGAACAAGAAACAGAAUUAACUUAUGGACGCCUACUGAUUGCUAUGAUUGAGAGAAUAAGAAAAGCACAAGAACAAGUAGGCUUGAAAGAGUCCCAUGAAUCACAGGAACCUCAACUGUCUACUACUCAGAUGUUUGACAUUCACUCCAAGCUCUUUACUAUAUGAAGUGUAUAGGCUGUCAAUUUCCGUGGCUGAUUUGUGACCACCAAUAAGAAUAUCUGUCUUUACAAGCUUGGAGUUGUAUACCCCCAUUAAUUUUGGCAAACUACGUACUAUAAAGCUAUCAUAAUCCUAGUGUCUGUGUGUUGAUUGUAAUUGGUCUUUUGCUGUUACCAGUAUAUUUCAAUAAUAUCCCUUGGGCUUGCAUAAGCUUAAGGAUGUUCUCUCUU